UUGGUGUGUUUUAUUUCUGCAGAGCGGCUUUCAGCGCGCAGCGCUGUGCUGUAAAUGAAAGCGGUAGCGUGUCCCUCUGAAGGUAGGCGAGAGAUUUCCUCUGGCCUCAGCUCGCACUAUUCCUGUCACUCUGCUCACUUUCCCUGACAAAGGAACAGCUGCACCUGAGCUGGCAGUGCUUACAGUAGCACAGAGGAGCCGGUUCACGCAGGGACGGAGGGCCGGGGAGCCGGGGACGUGAGCCGGGACACCUGUGGAGGGAAAUCGCGGGGCGCGCAGGGUGAACUCCUCGGCUUUUCCUUCAGCCAAAUGCCCUCACCACCCUGGAGACCCAGCCCACGAGGCUUUUCACUCCCAAGAACUCCGAAAAAGAUGAUACAGACGAGGAUCCUCUUACAGUUCCUCCCCUUUUUGAUUUUAGUAGUGCAGGUGAGCAGGCCGGUGUGCGUGGAGGUGCCAUCCGAAACAGAGGCGGUUCUGGGAAACCCCACGAAGCUCACCUGCAUCUCCUGCAUGAUGAGGGAGGAGGUGAAUGCGGAGACGCGGGUGGACUGGUACUACGUCUCUCCCAAAGGUGAAGACAUCCCGAUCUACCUGUACGAUGGACAGCCGCAGGAGGUGGAGGGCCCCUGGAAGGGCCGUCUGCUGUGGAAUGGCAGCAAAGACCUGCAGGACGUGUCCAUCAGCAUCAUCAACGUCACGCUCAACGACACAGGCACCUACAGGUGUGAGGUCUUCCGCAAGUUUAACUUUGACUUCUACACACCCUCAUUCACUUACUUCAAGACCAUCAAUCUGGAGGUGCACAAGGAAGCCAUUGAAGACACGACCGCCCUGUACUCCGAGAUCAUGAUGUACGUUCUGCUCGUGUUCCUCACCUUCUGGCUCCUGGUGGAGAUGAUUUACUGCUACAGGAAGAUAUCCAAGUCUGACGAGCAAGCGCAGGACAACGCGACAGACUACCUAGCCAUUCCGUCUGAAAAUAAAGAAACCCUGGGCGCUCCAGUAACGGAAUAAAAGUGAUUAUCUCACACGACAACGGUAUUUUACAAUUUACCUCUCAAUUCAGUCUUCAGUCAACAGCAUCACCCUCCCCUCCUGCCCAUCGUGACUGUGCCUAACAGCCCCAUUCCCAUGGUUUUAUUUCUCCAUAAACGUCCCUGACUCUAACACCUCCCGGUUACCCCUCUCCUCCAUCCACAUCCCCCUGCCCCAGCUCUCCUCUCUGUUCUUCCUCCCUUCUGUGAUGUCCUCUAAGCCUGCCAGUAAUGCUUUCAGACUCUAGGGGCCAGGAUGACGGACCACACGCAGGCCGAAUCGAAAGGGAGGCGGUGAGGAGUUGUGUGUUUUGGUCAGAGUGGAUGGAGACUUGCUGCUGUUGGGAGUGUUUCCACUGAAGCUAAAAGUUGUGCAGUGAAAAUUGUGAACAUUACGGGCUGAGACCUGUCGUUGUUUUACUUUUCGGUCCCCGGUGACCAGUGUAUCUGCAGCGUUCUGAUUGGCCCAGCAGUGGAGAGCUUUGGUACUGCCUUGUCUCUUUGCACUGCUUGGGGCAGUGUAUUCGGAUUUGCAGGCAAUUUAUUUGUUUCACUUUGAUUGCUCCACUUGUUCACCCUGGGAGCACUAAAACUCUUUUUGGCAAGUUGCACUGGCAGAAUGUGCAGUCAUUUAAAUCCCCCCAGAGCCCUGGACUUACUGGACCGGAUUUAUUCUUAUUUAUUGCUUCAAAUAUUAAUAAUUUAUAACAGUUCAGGGAAUCACUGGUCUAAAUAGACAAAUACCAUUAUAGUGCAAUAGUGCAUUAGUCUAGUGUACUGUGGGAAUUCUUUAUAAUCAGCAUUUAAUUCUACGGCAUGAUUCAGUCUCAUGUUCAGAUUAAUGCAUUGUAGUCUUUCAAGGAUGGAAUUUUUAGGAAAGGACAGUAAACUAAAACACACAUCAUUAUUUCUCUCCACACACAAACACAUACAAACACACACACACAAUAAUGAUAACGGUGCGACACAACACCAUUUCAGAGACUGACGGUUAAAAUGAAGGUAGACUUAUGACCCCAACACUGUUUGCUUGGGUAGAAUGCUUUACGUAGAGAGAUAUCCCACAGCAUGCUCUUUAUUUCCACAGAGACUCCACUUUGACUGACACCAUGUCUCUAAAAAAGUCCCAACAGAAACUUAUCCUAUCAGUUGCUUAUCACCAAACUCACUCCCUAAAGACAUUCUAUUGGCUAUUUGGGCACCAUCCAUUCAGAAGGUAUUAUGAAAGCUUUUCACAUUCUGUUCUUUACAACAGAAUGGGGAUCAGUAGCUUGACUGAUGGGGGGGGGUUAUUUAGCUAUCCAAGGAGGGUAAAUAGGCAUUAGUGUCAGCAGAAGCUCCAGUGUUCUGGGCACAACACAUGUAGUGCAGGCUGCAACGUACAAUUUUAGUUGAAAAUAUCAUUGCCGUUCUCUUUUGACUGAACUGCAAGGAUAUUUGUUUUUACUAGGUACAAGCAUCUCCUUGGGUGUGACAUUGAGUGUCUUGAGUUAGACUUUUUGUUGAGUGAUUUAUUCUCACUCCUUUAAGCCUCCCCCCCUUACUUUCAGACAGCUGUGCUACAGAGCACAAAGAAAACAGACUUAAUUAUAAUAAUAACAGACAUAAUAAUAAUAAUAAUAGUAGUAAUAAUAAUUUUUGUCUUCAAAACAAGAUUAUUGUCAUAAUUAUGUUUACGUUUAUUGUCAGGGGCUUCUGUUUGCUGUGGUGUUUUUGACUGGUAAUACUCAGUAUUAAUGAAGGUAUAAUCUGUAUGAAACUGAUAGCACUCAGUAUUAAUGAAGGUAUAAUCUGUAUGAAACUGAUAACACUCAGUAUUAAUGAAGGUAUAAUCUGUAUGAAACUGAUAACACAGCUUGAAACUGAGGUUUUUAGGACAGUUUGGGGAGUGUGUUCUGUGUCCAUCGUUGCUUUAUUGGUCCCCUGUUGGAGGCCUUCUGUUUAUUGUAAAAAUAGCAACAGUAUGUUUAAUGAGAUCUAUAAUAUGUAAGCAAAACAUUGUACACGGGUAACUCAGGUGUCAUGUGAUCAGCGGGUUAUAGACUGGAGAGCUGAAAGAAGACAUCAGGACAUCCAUUAGAGAAGAGUGGCUGUGAGAUUGGCUGAAGGUCCUGUGAAGAAAACAAGGUGAAGAACAUCUCUUUCCCUUCUCUGUUUCAGGUACUGACCCAUCCCUAAGCCGUGCUUCAUUGGCAUAAGGCAGAAACAGGCUGAGCAAGCAGCAAAGGUGUCAAAUUCUGCUCUCGGCACCUGAAUCCCCGCUGUCUGUGUGGCGUGUCUGUGCAGAGAACGUUGUCAGUGAUCGGUCCCGAGUCUCCCCUCUCCUGUCACGUCCUUGUGAAGUGCUUUCGUGACCUGAAUAUGGCUGCCGUGUGCCUAUGCCGCAGCCAGCCACAGCACACUAAGAAACGUGCUGACAUGUUCUGUCGAUAUAGAGCAAUUAAAUAAACUUUGGAAACCUUAGAGUUGAAUCAGAACCUUAACCCUACCACAAGUCAUAGAGGCACAGCUGUGUUAGUGCUGGAAGUGGAGUUGAUUCUUCCUGAAGCUGUCAACAGCAUUUAGUUGGUAAAUUUUGAUAAGCUAUCGGGUCAAAGUUCUGAUUUAACCUGAUCCUUGCCUUCUCCUUCUUGCUUUCUACAUAAAAGUUUAUUGCAUACUGUAGCUGUUUUUAAUUGGCUGGUAAUUUUUCUAUUAACUGAGACUGCAAUAAUUAUUAUAGCUGAACCUGAGAGAAUGAUAGCAUUUUGUUUCAGCACUAACUGUCUGCUCCUAAGACUAUAUGUCUGAAUUGACUGUUGGAAGCUGAGGCUUAUCUAAUAUUUUUUAGCUUUGGCCUGUCUGUUCAAGCCUUUCAGCAGUAUGGUUCAUUUUUCCACUCAUUCGGCGCUACAGAGCACCUGCUGAAUACUCUGUACGUGUCCCAUCUCUGUGCCCUUCAACUGUGAAGCUCCAGUUUGCAGUGCAAUAUGAAAGGCUGGUUUGAGGAGCAGCUGUGCCAGUCACAUCCAGAGAGAGUAAAGCAGAAUGCUGGCCUGUCAGACAGUUUCCUUCACCUCGGCUCCUGUCCCCACGGAAUGAUGCUCCCCGCUGCAAGAACGCAUUCCUGUUAAAAUCACAAAAUUCAAACGGGACACUGUCAGAUUCUGCAGGGGGGGCGGAGGGGGUUGGGAUAUUUCUGCUGUUCUGCAAGUAUCAUGGGACACCCCAAUGCUGCCGUUAAUGACUACCACCUGAUAACCGCAUUUCUUCUGCAUCCAUUUUUAGCAGGGUGUUUUCCAUACUUUGUGCUUACUUCAGUUUAUACAAUAAGAAGUGUUAUGCAAAGUGUUUUUUUUUUGUUUUCUAAUUUUAUAUCAAAUAUCACGUUUGCUGUCUGGAUCAAAUUAAAUUCAAUACAUUUCAGAUGUCAAAUGUCA